AUCCGGCGGUGAGAAAUAUCAAUAUUGCAUGUAAUAUUAAUCCUAUUACGUAAAUCUGAGACCGUGCGAUUUUUGUCGUUAUAAUGGCUUCUAAGAUGCGAGUUACGUUAUACAUGCUUCGAAAUGAUUUGAGGAUCCAUGAUAAUGAGGCGCUUCUAUGGGCGAACAGAAAUGGGACCCAUUUAGUACCAGUGUACUGCUUUGACCCUCGACAUUAUGUUGGCACCUACAAGUUCGGCCUUCCUAAAACUGGUCCACACAGACUCAAGUUCCUUCUGCAGAGUCUAGCCGAUCUGCGACAAAUGUUAAAAUCACAUGGAAGUGGCCUUAUCAUUCGGCGCGGCAAGCCAGAGGUGGUUAUCCCAGAGAUUAUACAGCAGUUGGGACCCGGAACAGUACAGGCUGUGACUUUCCAAGAGGAGGCCACAAGUGAAGAGUUAGAUGUCGAAGCAGGAGUUAGGAAAGCGUGUGGCCAAUGUGGUGUCAAAGUCCAGUCACUCUGGGGUCACACUUUGUUCCAUAGGGAUGAUCUCCCAUUUUCUGCCAAACAAUUGCCGGAUGUGUACACAAUGUUCCGUAAGCGUGUUGAGGGGGGCUGUCAGGUUCGGCCAUGUAUGGAAAUGCCAAAACGUCUCAAUGCGCUGCCAGAGGGGUUAGAGGAAGGAGCCAUACCCACCAUGGAAGAACUUGGGGUCAAAGACCUCCCUGUGGAUCCGAGGUCCGCAUUCCCGUUCAAUGGAGGGGAGACAACUGCCCUGUCAAGACUUAACAACUUCCUGUGGGAGACGGACGCUGUUGCCACGUAUAAGGAAACACGUAAUGGCAUGAUCGGGGCAGAGUAUUCCACAAAGUUCUCACCUUGGUUGGCUAUCGGGUGCAUAUCUCCCAGGCAAAUUUACCACGAGAUUAAAAGAUAUGAAAAAGAGCGAACAUCUAACCAGUCAACAUACUGGGUGAUAUUUGAACUAUUGUGGCGAGAUUAUUUCCGAUUUGUGGCUCUCAAGUACGGAAACCGCUUGUUCUAUUUGUCGGGAAUCCAGGGAAAGCAUAUCCAAUGGAAACAAGACAAGAAACUGUUUGAGGCUUGGAAAGAUGGGCGUACUGGUGUCCCGUUCGUGGAUGCCAACAUGCGGGAAAUGGCUGCUACAGGGUUCAUGUCCAACAGAGGCAGACAGAAUGUAGCCAGUUUUCUCACAAAAGAUCUCAAACUGGACUGGAGAUUAGGAGCUGAGUGGUUCGAAUCUAUGCUCGUUGACCAUGAUGUCUGCAGUAACUAUGGUAACUGGCUGUACAGUGCUGGUCUCGGGAACGACCCUAGGGAGGACAGGAAGUUUAACAUGGUGAAACAGGGACUUGAUUAUGACCCUCAGGGUGACUAUGUGCGACUGUGGGUGCCAGAGCUGAAGGACGUGGCAGGGGGCAGUGUUCACACAGUGUGGACUCUCAGUAACUCCGCCCUCUCCAAGGCAGAUGUGUCACUUGGGGAGACCUACCCCAACCCUGUCGUCAUAGCGCCAGAAUGGGCGAGGCAUGCAGGAAAAACUAGAGGUGGUGGGGGUCAUGGAUCAGCCAGGGGGCGUGGUCAAAGUCGCGGUGGGCAAAAAAGGGGAAUGGACUUCUAUUUUAAGUCUAACUAAGGCUUGGUUCUAGAGGCUUUAAAACAUGACUGUUUAAGCAUUUUUGUGGGAAAUGGUAAUUUGGUUUGGGGAAUGGACAUCUACUUCAAGGCUACCAGAGAUUUAGUGCUUGAUACUUUGGUUUGAGGCACGCAGAAGAGAAAUGGAUGUAUGUUUUGACUUUGAAAAUUAUUAUCUACUGUAUUCUCUACAUAAGGACGAUAAACUUUUAAUUAAAUUUGAUGAGACUUUCUUACAGAUGGAUGACUGUUGGCUAUUAAUUAUUUUGUAAUUAAAAGUAUGGAUUGGAUACACGUCCAAAAUAUGUACAAGACAUUGAAGUAAUUUGUGUGGCAAUAUAGCUCUACAGAAUUGUUAAGUUGCCAUUGAAACUGGCUUAUUCAAACUACCUCUUCUUUAAAAUAAGAGUUAUCUUGCUUCAUUUUUUUUAGGUUGUUAUGGAGAAUAGAUCUUGAUUCAUUUAGGGCAUUACUUAAAAAUCUUGAUAUUAUGUUUACUUGUUAAAAAUGUACAUUUACAAUUUUCCGAUUUUUCUGUGCUGUUUGUUCCAAUGUAAUAUUUUGUGUAUUAUUACUUUUUUGGUGCAAUAGAUUUUUUUUUAUAUACAAUGGUAAAUUGAUUUUCCUUUAUGAUUUAAAUAUUAAAAGAAACUUAUGUCACUGCCUUCCUCAU